AUGGCGGACACUCACGCGGAAGAGGGCGAGGGCAAUACCAGCACUUCCUCAAAGAUCCUUCGACCGUUCAAAGCCUUUCUGCGAGAACUUGGAUUGAUCACACUGUUCCACGCAUCAACAGACACCAAGAUCCUCAUUCUGCAGCGGUUUGUCCGGCUCUUCGCGUAUGGCGGCUCAACAUUGAUCCUGGCAUCGUACCUCUCGGCCCUGGGCAUCUCAGAUGAGCGAAUCGGGCUGUUCAUGACACUCACGCUCGUUGGCGACGUCUUCAUCAGCUGGACCCUGACACAGAUUGCUGACCAAUUGGGCCGUCGUUGGAUUCUGGUGUUGGGCGCAGCGUUGAUGAGCGUUGCAGGCGUCGUCUUCGGCCUGAGCGGAAAUUACUGGAUUUUACUUGCUGGUGCUAUUGUCGGUGUCAUUAGUCCUAGUGGCAAUGAAAUCGGCCCAUUCCGAGCGAUCGAAGAGUCAACCCUAGCCCAUCUCACCGCCAGCGGCGACCGCAGCGACAUCUACGCAUGGUACUCUCUGAUCGGAACUGCCGGUACAGCACUCGGCUUCAUCGCGUCAGGCUGGAUCAUCACGUUCCUGCGCGACGAGAAGCAUUUCAGUGACAUACGCGCUUACCGGAUCAUUUACUUCGUUUACACAGCUGUUGGUAUCGUCAAGUUGGGGCUUGCGUUGUUAUUGAGCAAGGAAUGUGAGGUUCAUGCUCAGCCGAAGACUGCUAAUCCGAGUGAGACGGCGCCACUGCUUGGAGACGGUCCACGAAAAGACGAUGCGAAGAAGAAUAAGCGCUGGAGAUUGUUGCCGGAUAUCAGCAAGGAGAGUCAAGUUGUGCUUGUGCAGUUGUGUAUUUUGUUUGCGUUCGACAAUUUUGCGAGCGGACUUGCACCGGUGUCUUGGGUGACGUUCUACUUCAAGCGCAGAUUCGACCUGUCCGAGGGGAGACUCGGGUCCAUUUUCUCCGUGACCGGCGUCAUAUCUGCCAUCUCUAUGCUCGUCGCGUCGUCUAUCUCCAAGAGGAUUGGCAAUGUCAAGACCAUGGUUUUCACCCACCUCCCGUCAGCGAUUUGUCUGGCUCUGAUACCCAUUCCCUCGACGCUAGCUGGCGCGCUUGUCUUCCUGAUCGGUCGAGCCUGUACGCAGGUCAUGGACGUUGCGCCGCGAUCCGCGUUCCUGGCUGCUAUCGUUCUGCCGCAUGAGCGGACUGCUGUUAUGGGUACAAUCAACGUGGUCAAGACGUGCGCGCAGAGUCUGGGUCCCGUCAUCACUGGUAUUCUCGGCACUCAUAAUCUCUUCUGGGUUGCGUUCGUUGCAGCUGGGUCACUGAAGGCAACAUAUGAUUUGGGAUUGCUUGCACUCUUUGCCGAGAGGAAGAGUCGUGAAGAGAGGGUUGCUGAGCGAAUUGACCCUGAGCAGGCGGCGACCGGUGCUGGGGCAUCAGGGCAAGGCGCUUAAGAAGCUCGCGACACUGUAUUUUUCGAAAUGGGGAAGCGUGGUUGCAUUCAAGAACGGAGUGUGUUAGUAUUGAUGGUCGAAAACGAUCCAGUCAAGGUAUCACUGAGAGGCAAGAUGGGAUAUGAGAGACUGUACGCACAUUGUAUGAGAUAUUGUAUUCUCGAGCAAUUGAGCCAAUGCAGCUCACACCGAUCCUGAUCCGUAGGUAUCAUGACCGUCUAUGUUCAUAGCCAUACAAAAACAGUGCAUUCUUUUAUUC